UGCUCUGGCUUAUAAAGGAAGGAAGUGCUACCAAAGCCCUCAUUUACAACUUCGAUUUACAGGUUCUCUGUAUCUCAGUUUCUUUCUUUAAGUAAAAAUAGUCAGCAGUUUCAAAGUAACUUUACUGUAACUGAUGAAAAGUUUGGAUUUUUUCCUAUAUCGUUUCACAUUCACAAAGGGAGAAACAGGACAAGAUGAAGUUCAACCAGUUUGCUGUUUUUCUUAUUUCAACACAGUGGAUAAUAUCUGGCAAUGGUGAACAAGUGAACGGUCAUGAACGUCCAACAGACUGCUGUUUUACUGUGUCAAAAACCAGAAUACCAGCUGUAAAUAUUGUGAAUUAUAGCAUACAAGAACCACCGUUCUGUCCUAUCAAAGCUGUCAGAUUUUACACCAAGAAAAACAAAGUUAUUUGUUCAGAUCCAAAUAGUGACUGGGCUAAGACAGUGAUUCACAAAUUGAGUCCGACACCAGAAGCUCACAUAAAAAACAUUCAGUGCCACGCAAACUCAAUCCAAACUACAACUGAAACACACACAACAGCAGGAACACACAGUGAGAUCAGCACAAGUACAACUGUACAACCAACAGUGACAGUAAUCAACACAUCUGGACCAGAGACCAGCACAAAAAUCAACACAUUUGGACCAGAGACCAGCACGAGUACAACUGUGACAACAGUUGAAACAUCUGGACUGGAGAUGGACAACACUACUGAAACUACAGAGACAGAUCAGCAGAAUUCUUUGUCUAUGGUGGAGGAGAAACAGAAAAAAGGACGUCUAAGCUUAAAUUUUGAUAGCACAGACACUACAACAUCAGUUCAUCACAGCUCACAUCUAAUCAAAAAUUUCAGGCCUCGCAAGAAGAAUGAGCUCCGCAAAAAUCAAAUGGGAAUCAGCAGAACGCGAGAAGGAAAUGAACAUCCACCAGACUGUUGUCUUACUGUGACAAAUAUCAAAAUACCAGCUAAAAAGAUUGUGGCUUAACCACCGUUCUUGCUGUCAGAGUUCAAACUACAAGAAAUCCAGAAACUACCAUUGUACCUGAAGUAAACAGAAUCACAACAGAGGCUAAGAUUUCAAAAAGCUGACCAUGUUGCACGUUUAUAUUACAAAACUCUGGACAAGAAGGUUUGUUGACUUUUUAUACUGAUUUAUAUUUAGUAGUCAGCAAUGUUUGCCUUUUUAAUAUAUAUAUAUAUAUGUGUGUGUGUGUGUGUGCGUGCGUGCGUGCGUGCGUGUGUUUUAUACAGUCUGCUUAUAGGAAUCAAAAAACAUGCCAGUGUUUGAUGAAAUUGUGGAUUAUGGAGUUCAAGAAAAAACACUUUGCUCUUUCAGAGCAGUGCUGUAAGCUCAGGACUAAAAUAAAUUAAAAACAUUCAAAACAUUAUUAUUAUUAUUAUUAUUAUUAUUAUUAUCUAUUGUUCUUGAUAACAUAUGAUCAAAUUUAUCAAAUAGAAUUACCUGUUAUUUAACGUGUGUUAGAAAUGUUUAAAAUAUAUGAAAAAAACAUACUUUUUUUUUUUUUUUUAAAGCAGACUUAUAACUGUGGGGAACAAAACAAGUUGCUCUUCUUCAGAGGACGACUGCGUCCAGGAAGACACAUAAAACUACAACGACAUUUCAGUUUGAUGAUUUGUCCAAGAUGGAGGAGAAUAAGAUGGUACCAUCUUUGGUAAAAUCAGUGUCAUUGUCAUACAAGACAAAUAAAAAACAAAUAGCAAACAAGCUAAAACCUUUUGUAUCAAAAAGCGUUAAAAUGUUCCUUAUUAGAAAGGCUUGGACACUUUUUAUGUUUUUUUUUGUCUAUACUAACAUGUAAAGUAUUUAGUCAUUUGGGCGCCCUCUAUAUGGCUUCUGUGAAAAACAAUAUUUAGUUUUUUUUUUGUAGUUUUAUAUUUGCUACUAAAAGUUUGUCAUUUUAAAAAUUCUGUUUCAUUUUGAUGAAUAAUUUUUUUUUUUUUGUAACAUAGCUUAGGAUGCAUUAAAUAGCACCAUGAUAGACUCUCCUCUGCCAGGACGAAUGAAUGUUUAAUAAAUGUGUGAGGUGAUAAUGGUAUUGAAAAAUCAGCACAUUUAUUUCUCACACAUUAUUUUUCAUGAUUUAUUAUUUGUAUGGACAUUAGCUUGUGAUUUUCAUUUCAUCUGUUGUUUUUAUUAACCCUUAGAAGUCCUUAGAGAACAAAUGUCUUAAGAUUAAAAAGAACAUAAAAUGUUAGGCUGUAUUUUUCUGCAUUUUCUUUGAUUUCAUUUUUAAUCAACAUCAGACUUUUUAAGUGUUCAGGGUUAA